CCCCACUCAGAAGGUGCCCCUGAGCCGGGCCCACUAGAUCUGCAGGGGAUGCCCCUCAAACACUGGAAAGUCCCUGAGACGUGUUGCCGCUGCCUCUUUCCAGCCCUUCCUGAAGCUUUCUGUGGCUUUUCCCACCCAGAAUCCUCUCUCUUCUUGCACCUCCACUACCACCAUCCUGGCUGAGGCACCCCACUGUCUUGUCUGAAUUACAGCGCUGGUCCCGAAACCAACUCCUUUGCUUUUCCCUGGACACCCAAUGCAUGUUCCUGCCUCAGGCACAUUGCUGUGUGCUCUGUCUGGAAUCCUCUUUCCCUGGGUAGCUGUGUGGCUUGGUACUCUGCUUUUUUUACAGGUCCUUGCUCAAACAUCACCUCAGUGAGCCCUCCCCUGGUCAUCCCAUUUGACAUUGAAUCCCUCCCUUGCCCUACCCCUGGCUCUCCCUGGCCUUCUGUCCUGCUUCAUCUUUCUUCUUAGUACUACCCUCUUAGACCUUGCUAUAUAUUUCACUCAUUUGUUCGUAGUUGGUCUCCCCUGGCUAGAAGGAAACCUUCAAUCUAUGUGGCAGGAAUUUCUCUCUCUGUUUUGUUCAGUGCUGUAUCCCACAAUCUAAACAGCGUCUGGCACAGCAGACGUGAAGGAACAGCUUUCUCUUCCCCUGGUGUUCCUGGGUUCCGCUCCCGUAGGCUCUCCUCUCUGUUCAGUGACGAUCAGCUUACCUGGGAAAUUAUUUGGAAAAUGGGUUGCUGCCUCUAGAAUGAUCUUGCUCCAAGCGUGUUAAUGGUGAGCUUUGGUGAAAGUCUUUAAGGUUUGUAGACCCCUUAAAGAAUCUGAUAGAGGCUGUGGAAACUCUCCCCAGAAAAAUGUUCAGACAGAACAAUUUUGUGUUCAACUGCAUUCAACUGCAGACGCCUGUAAUCCCUUUGUGUUACCCAGGCACUGAGUUCAAACUAUGUUUUAGAAGUCAGUCUCGUGACAGUUUUGCAGAGCUAAGGCCCUUCUUGCCCCAGUCUCUUUUCUGGCCCCGUUUCUGCCUUGACAAGAAAGAAGGCCCACUUAGUUCUCACGACACACCCAGCUUUUCUCCCUUGGCUUCUCCUGCCUCGUAGCUGGCUCUGCACAUUCCUCUCACCUUGUCCCAAUCUGGGACCAUUUCCAGUGUAUCUCCACACAUCCCAGAGAUUCUUGAACACCAGCUAGACGUCCAACAAUUUAACUCAAUUCUGACGCCAUCUACCCAGAGAUAGUAUCAGAUUGCACAGGCAGAGGGCCUGCAAGGAGUCUCUGCUUCCAUGCAUUUCAGGUGCCAAUUUCAAGUCCAGAUUGUCACCUGUGCUUCUGACCCAAUGGCUAUAGAUUGGAGGUUCCAAUGACCCUUUCCCUGGGUUCAAUUAAUUUGCUAGAGGGGCUCACAGAACUGAGGAAGCCAGUUUAAUUAUUAGAUCGCCAGUUUACUAUAAAAGGCUAUAAAUCAGGAACAGCCAAAUGGAAGACGUGCAUGGGGCAAGGUGUGGUUAAAGCCUCUCCAGGAUACCGGUCUCCUCCAAAUCUUCAGGUAUCCAUCAAGCCAGAAAUUCUCCAAACCCCAUAUCCUUUUGGGUUUUACGGAGGCUUUAUUGCAUCUGCAUGACUGAUUAAAUCAUUGACUAUUCCUGACUGAUCUCAAUCUCCAGCUCCUCCCCCAUCCCUGGGCGUCAGUGGGUGGGACUGAAAGCUUGAACCCUGUAAUCACUAGGUUGUUUCGGGUUAAUUAGUCCCUAUCCUAGGUGCUUUUCAAAACUCACUCAUUAACAUAACAAAAGAUACCUUUAAAUCUCUCAUCACAGCAGAUUCCAAGAGUUUUAGGAGCUCCGUGACAGGAAAUGGGUGAAAGACCAAAAAUGUAUUUUUUAUAGUAAAUCACAAUGUCACACCUUGGAAAGCAGCAUCAUGGAGUGCCUUGGUGUUCUAAUCUUUUCAUGCCUAGCCAGCCCAUUUAUCUCUUUUUUCUACAUUAUUCUUUCGUGAGGGCCUGGCUGAAAAGGAUAGAUUAAUUUUUUCCCACAAGUUCUGGAUGCAAUUCCAAGUUUUCCUGAUUUAAGUAGAAGAAAAGGAAGGGAGGUGAUCACAUCUGGACUUCAAGUGACUUGUCCCUUUUUCUCUAAGCCACGCCUUCCCUUCCCCGAGUUGGAGGGCAAUGUGUUCCCUGGAUCCCCACCCUGAAGCCAAGUAUCUGUCCCACCCCCAGGGAGCAGGCAGCAUUGCGAAAUGCUAAUUGGUCGGAACCUGCUUUGCCCUCUUGCCCUGGAGGCAGGCCUCUGUUUCUCAGCCACUGCUGGGUACAUAAGCGCUGGACUAAAUUGUGCACAGUUUCCUCUGACCGACCUGGUUGUAAGGCCCGGGCCAGGUCCCAUGUUUUAAGCAUCUUUGUGUGUUGGCCUAGGCAUAGAGUAUAGAAACAGUGCGUUGUUACAUGCCUUGGGUUCCUUUUUCUUCCUUUUCUUUCUUAAGUUGUCCGCAUCCUUCUGGACACGAUUUCACCAUCUACAGCAGAGUUUAGCCUGUGGGAGUGUGCUAUCUCUGUGAUUCAUUGUUAUUCCAUGUGUUCUAAUUCUUUUUCUCUAGUAAAGUAGACAUGAAGAAGGAUGGGUUUUUUUUUCUUUUCCUGUCGCCCCAAGAAGGAUGAUUUUUACUUAUUUUCAGUAAUCCCCCUCUCCCCAGAUCCCAACACAAGACAGAUACUUUUUACUUUUAAGAUUUAUUUAUUUUAUUUGAGAGAGAAAGAGAGAGAGAGAGUAUGAGCAGGGAGAGGGGCAGAGGGAGAGAGAGAGAGAAUCUCCAGCAGACUCCUGGAUGAGCAUGGAACCUGACAUGGGGCUCAAUUCCGCAAGCCUGAGCUGAAACUUAGAGUCGAACGCUCAACCGACUGAGCCACACAGGUGCCCCAAGACAGAUCCUUAUUUAUUCAUUUACUCAACAAAUACUUCUGAAGCAUGUGCCAAGCACUGUGCUAACCCUGGGGUUAUGCCAGUGAGAAAAGGACUAAGUCCCCUCUUCAAGGAGCUCACAGUCUAAUAGAAGACACAGACCUGAAUCGAGCCCCAAACCAUAACACGCAACUGGGAAAAGUACCAGGAAGGAAGAACCCAUCAUGCACAGUGGGGAAAGAUGUCUUUGUCAAGAAGUUUAGAGAAAGCUUCCCUGAACUAGUGAUGAUUCAGCUUAAAUGUGAAGGGUCCGUAGAGGCUAACUUGGCAGAAGAGGGAGAAGAGGAACAGUAUCUCAGUCCGAGGAAUAGCAUUCACCAAGGUCCUAUGACAGAAAGAACAGGCUCUGGAGUGAGAAGAAGGCGAAGACAGUGGACAUAGCCUUGCUAAAGUUGUUGGUCUUCAUUCUAAGGUGGCUUGGAUGAGGGUGGUGGUGGUGAAGGUGGAGAAAAGGAAGCAGGUGUGCACAAUGUUUCAGAGGUAACAUUGCCAUGACAUGGGAGUGAAUUCGACAUGGAAGGAGAACGUGGUGUCGAUCGAGUCCUCGAGUCCCAGUCUAUGAGUGAAUGGUGGGAUGAACAUUUUUUGGCAGCAUCCCAUGACUCCUCCUGGCAAUCCUUCCCUCCUCCUGCCUGUCCCCUCGUGAUGCGGGGACUCCAUUUCAAGGCUCCUGGGCAUGUCUGGCAGGGUUGCCGCACUAUUUGCUAAACCCUUCUCGACGGGAGAGGGAAAUCAUCUCAGUUUACCCCAUAACCCACCUCCAAGAUCAUUAUCUCUGAAGACUGAGCUACGUGCAAAUCGGAAAGCAUUUCCAGAGAAGGGUGGGCUGGCUUCAUCAACACUAAGUGAAGUCCUGUGUUCCUGCCAGACACUUUGAUAUAUGGAGCAAUGCUGGUAAGGGCUUGUGUGUGGGAUUUUUUUUUUUUAACCCACCUGCAAUCUAUCCCUUGAAUGGCAGUUGACAAUUAGCUGCUAAGUAAAAGGAGGCAUUUAUUUUUAUUGCGGACCCUGACAGUUUUAUGUUCACUCUUUAAAAGCCAAGACUCAUGUGUGUAAAGGUGAGUGGGAAGGGGAAGUGGUGUGGGAAGAAGGAAGGGAGGGCCAGGGGCAGGUGCGGACAGAUCCCAUGAUUUCUGUGCUGGAGUCAGUAUUUACAGGCAUGUGCUGAUCUGGAAGCGAGAGAGGAUGGUUCUUCUAGGUUGGAGAGGAGGGAAGCGCUGAGGCAGGCCCGGCAGAGGCUGUGAUUCCUCGGCCCCCACCAUGCCUCAUAUUCUUAGGGUGCCGCGGUGGGACCUGGGCUGUGGCUUUUCUGCUCUGGCACUGCUCUCUUGCUGGAAUUUCAGGACGAAAACCCCCAAGCUCCAAAAGAAAGCUGUGUUUGGCCAGCGUUUGGAUGAGACCGUGGCCUAUGAGCAGAAAUUCGGCCCCCACCUGGUGCCCAUCCUGGUGGAAAAGUGUGCAGAGUUCAUCCUCCAGCACGGCCUCAAUGAAGAGGGCAUCUUCCGACUGCCUGGGCAGGACAACCUGGUGAAGCAGCUCAGAGAUGCUUUUGAUGCCGGCGAGCGGCCCUCCUUUGACAGAGAGACAGACGUGCACACAGUGGCCUCCCUGUUAAAGCUCUACCUCCGAGACCUCCCGGAGCCCGUGGUUCCCUGGAGCCAGUAUGAGGGGUUCCUGCUCUGCGGGCAGCUCAUGAAUGCAGAUGAGGCCAAGGCUCAGCAGGAGUUGGUGAAGCAGCUGUCCAUCCUUCCGCGAGACAACUAUAAUCUCCUGAGCUACACAUGCAGGUUCCUACAUGAAAUCCAGCUCAACUGUGGUGUUAACAAGAUGAGCGUGGAUAACCUGGCUACCGUGAUUGGUGUGAAUCUCAUCCGGUCGAAAGUCGAAGACCCUGCUGUGAUCAUGAGAGGGACUCCUCAAAUCCAAAGAGUGAUGACCAUGAUGAUCAGAGACCAUGAAGUUCUCUUCCCCAAGUCCAAGGAUGUACCCCUGUCACCCCCUGCUCAGAAAAAUGACCCUAAGAAACCUCCAGUAGCUCGAAGCUCUGUGGGCUGGGAUGCCACGGAAGACCCUCCAAUUUCUAGGACAGAUAGCUUCAGUAACACGACCAGCGACUCAGACACGACCAGCCCCACUGGACAACGGCCGAGCGAUGGGUGUCUGGAAGAGAGCAGUAAAGCCCCCAGGGAAAAGCUUGGAGAUUGGAAGCUUCAGUCACGAAAAAGGACUCAGACGCUCCCCAAUCGGAAAUGCUUCUUGACGUCAGCAUUUCAAGGUGCCAACAGCAGCAAAGUGGAGAUCUUUAAAAAUGAGUUCUGGUCACCUUCUUCAGAGGGAAAGGCCGGGGAAGGGCACAGGAGAACGAUGUCUCAAGGUGUGCCCCCCUGUCCCGACUCCCAGCGGACUUCCACCUAUGAUAAUGUUCCUGCCCCGCCCGGGACCCCUGAGGAUGAGGCCGCCUCCGUCUCUUCCCACGCUUGUGACUCCAAGAGAGAAGCUCUUGCCAGCCCCCAGUCUGAAACCGGGCCUGGAAAAAAGAACUCUGGAGAAGAGAAAUUUGAAUCCUUGCAGAGGGUGGUCCAGGAGCUGCGAAAGGAAAUAGAAACACAGAAGCAAAUGUAUGAGGAACAGAUUAAAAACCUUGAGAAGGAAAAUUAUGACGUCUGGGCCAAGGUGGUGAGACUCAAUGAAGAACUGGAGAAGGAGAAGAAGAAAUCUGCAGCCUUGGAAAUCAGUCUCCGCAAUAUGGAGCGCUCCCGGGAGGAUGUUGAGAGGAGGAACAAGGCCCUGGAAGAAGAAGUCAAAGAAUUUGUCAAAUCGAUGAAAGAACCCAAGGCCGAUGCUUGAGAGGCCCACGUAUGCCAUGAAGACAGCCCGCAAGGCCCACCCAACAUGCUCCCUUUCUCGGUGCUACCUGAUGACUGGAAAGCAAAAUUACUCCCUAGGAGGGAGAAGACAUUUGUGUGGGGGGGAACAUCACUUUUCCCAGUAAAAUAAAUCGAUGGAAUUUGCAGGAAGAUGAGGGUGAGCAGGGACAUGUGGGGACAUCUAUGACCCUUGUGGCUGUAUUCAAGAGGAUUGCAUUAUUCCACGGUCGUCUCAGGCCGAGUGAAAGGGAACCUUCCAUGGGCUGGGUGAUUAUGUCCAAUGGAGACAUUUGAAGGAGGACACAUCCCAGGACCCUGGCAACAGGCUGGCCCCCACCAAGGCUGGACUGAGGCGUUAGUUCUUUUUUUCUCUUUGUGGAACAAUUCACUUAGUCAGAUGGCCUCUCAGUGUCCUUGAGACACAGGGGCAGAAAAUGACAUUUAGCUUUCUUGUACUCACCUGUGGUGAGCUGUGCUGUGGUGGUGGGGGGGGGGCUGCACCUGCUGACCAGAGCCCCAUUCUGUAACCCCCUUCCAUGAUGCACAUUCCCCAGGGCCUAGAAACUCAAGAUGAUUAUUAGACUAAGACAAAAGAAAGAAUAAACUUUGUAUUUAUGAAGGCAAAAUUGAUGAGAAAAGCCUCUUCAAAUAAAGCAAAAAAAAAAAAAAAAAA